AUGUCAACAUUUAAAAUAAAAAAUUCAAAUGUUUUAUCAUCAAAACCAAAGAAUGAAACUUGUUCUCCACCAUCAACGCCACCAUUUCCUGUUAAUUUUGAUUUAUCAAAUAAAAUUGAACGUCAAAUUCCAUUAAAAUCUCAAAUAAUAAAAUCCACAUCAGAUUUUCAAAUUCAAACUGAACAAGCAAAAACUCGUUUAAAAAAAAUUGAUAUUGAAACAUUUCCAACGAAAACAAUUGUUCAAUCAAAUCAUAAUCGUGAUAAAGUUACAUUAUCAGUUGAAGGUUUACAAACAACUAUCAAACCUCAAGGUAUUCAAUUAUUAAAAAAUGGAAAAAUAAUAACAUCAACACAAAAACCAAAAAUAUCAAUUAAACGAGAAGAUGAUAAACUUUUGUACAAAAAACAAAAUGAUAUUCAUUCAUCAACACAAAUUCAACUUGAACAACGUCAACCAGAAAUUCAAGAAAUACAACUUGAACAAGAUACUUUUUAUGUUAGUGAUACAGUUACACUUGAUUUAGCAUUUACAAAUCAACCAACUGAACAACCACAUUAA